UGCUGAAAUAAAUUGAAGGGAUAUAGUCACAUUUUUGCAAAACUAUGUUUUCUGUCUGGAAAGGCAAAACUCUAAUGCGUUGAUUGAUAUCAUUGCUUUGAUGUCAGUAAAUUGGGAAUUUUAGCCGUACAUAACCUGCUGCAGGUUUGCAUGUCAGGAAUAACUGUGCAAAUGUGCGUGAAUGGAAAGUGAACCUGUGACCCCUUCCCUACCAGUAACCACAAACACUGCCUCAAUUGUAGCAAGUGCUAGCAGCCGCAUUGAGAAAAAAUGUCUCAAACAUCAGAAUAGUCACCACAAUCCCAAAGUUGAGCCUUGAUUGAUAAGAUUCUUAUCUCAUUCCUGAUCCAUGUGUAUGGCGGGCAUUGAUAAUUUUCAGCAUGUCCCCUUCACACAUGCACAGGCCUGCAAUUGUUAAGGUUGGCCUUGGUGACUGAAGCACCAUUACCUCUAAAAUCUAAUCAGAUUCCCUUAAGUGGAUAACAAGCGUGUCUCCGGCAUUUACAGUAGUGAGAAAGCUGAAGUGAAACCGGGACAAACUGUUGUCACACAAAGCAGCUGUGCUGUGUAACAGUCCUGGCAUCCCUCCUGCUAUCCGUAGUGGAAAAAAAUGUUGAUUAGCUAACAACUGGCAUCUUGUUUGGUCUGCAGAAGUCAGAUAAGAGCUCUCAGUCACUACUGACAAGUUGAGUAUUGUGAUGAGCCUGUUCUUGGUUGGGUGAAUAAGGACAGCUAGUCUAGCUGACGAAGAGAAUUUAUUGCUGAGUUUUAGGAUAAAGUUCUUCCCCACUAUUACCAUAGCUAUAGCUAAAAGUCCCCAUGGUUUAACAGUGUCGAGCUAGUUGACUUUUAACCCAGAAAAACCUUCCCUUUUCGCUAAAAUAUGCUACUUACUGGCGAUUUACCCAUUUAAUGACUUCUAGCUCAUUUUUUUCUGGGAGACACUUUGGAGAAGAGAAAAGACACAUAGACAAAUUAUUCCUUCUAAAAACUAAAAGUUCAAAAUCACAAGCAAUAAAACCUCUAAAAGCAAAUGCUGCUCAACUGAUUCAUUCAAGGGUUUUGCUGCUAGUUGCUUAUGUGGUCUGGUAUGGCCAGUAGCUAUUGGUGACUAAUGUGAGCUCAUUUCAGCUACCUAAGGUAAAUAUAGCUGUAUAAAAGACAUGGGCAUCUUAGCCAGUGCUAGUGUUUAGUAUUAUUCCAUGAUUGUCCUUUGCAAAUGUUACAUAGUCUCGCUUUAACUAUAAUUUUACUUGAUGAAUGACACUUGUUUCUGAGGAUAUGGUAAUAACAUUAUUAAUAUAUAAUACUUUUGUUUAGAUCUUUUUUUUAGUAUAACAUUAGGUUUUACCAAUCAGUUAGAGACAUAAAGUUCAGCCACACUGAAUAGUUUACUGAAUCUACUAAAGUACUACACUGGUAUUGUUGUUGAUGUAUUUUGCACUGGUAUUGUUGAUUAGCUGAGCUCAUGGAAAAAGUAUUAAUGUGGUCAUAAAAAGAAGUCCAUACAGCACGCUACUCUGACCAGUGAAUGGAAUACUAUUAUGAGGAAGUACAAAAAAGGUCUGGGUAAAAGACAGAGACAAGAUGACAAUUGACAAAUGACAAGACUAAUAUUAUAAUACUGGUACUAACAAUACAUGUAUUAUUAUUAAGUGCUCCCAGAGAUUCUCUACAGGCCAUGAACCCAUAAAAUUACAACAGUGAGCUUCUUUAUAAGCUCUAGACCAAUAAGUAAACUGGACGAUGAGAGAUCAUAAGAGAUGUUCCCUCUAAAAAUAGCUCUCAAACUACAGUAAUAAAUAGCUUUAUUGCCGUUAUUGUGUGAAAAUCUGAUAACAUAAAACAGCCUACAUUGAAAUCAGUGAAUGAAUGAAAAGUCUUGGUUAAAAAUGGCAUUAAAGGAGUUAUUUAAAACCCCCAUUGGGGAACAAGGGUCAAUUGUGCUGCUAAAACCCCUGGAGCAGGCAGCAGAGGACUUUGGGAGCUGACCACUGAUUGGUCAGUCAGACAGAAAAGGGCGGUCCGAAUGAAUUAGUGAUAGACGCUAAAAGCAGAUAUCCUGCAGUGAUCAAACCCUGGGUGAUCUGACAGUCCAGUGUUUGAAGUGAUUAUCAUGCUACGCAACAUAAAGGCUUACACCCAGCUUUGCGCCUAAUUAGCUCACUUAGGGCCCUAUAUAAGACAUUGGUAGGGGACUGGAAAAUACAGACACUCACUCAGACGUCAGCAGAUCAACAGGAAGGAUAACAGCAGCAGACCUGGAUCCCUAAAGUUGACCUGCUGCUAAACAAACCAAGAUUUUCUGCUUUUCUGAGAAUGCCACACUUAACUGACUGCAGUUACUACACGAUGCGGGACGCAACCAGAGCUUCAAAUGUACACAGCCACCUGGAGAACUCCAAGUUCCACCUCCACCAGACCCAGAACCAGCAGGUCAAGCAGUACCUAACGCUGGGCUCCAAGCUGGGCUCUUCGGCCAGCCAAGGCCACGCCGUUCAGCAUCCACACACCCCUGGCCAGCCGCUGGCCACCAUGCCGGUCAUGAGGAAUGGACACAUGGCCUCUGUCAGUGACAGCAGCAACCCCAACAGCCCUGUUACCCUUCUCAGUAUGGCCAAUCACGACAGUGAGUUUCCAAUGGAUGAAGUUAUUGAUGACCUAAUUAGUCUUGAAUCCGGUUUCAAUGAUGGAGGCUUGGAUUGCAUGGAACCUAACAUCAUAAUGCAAAACAAUGUGUCCCUCAGUGGCAGCAUGCUGGACAUCUAUGGGGGUGAACAAGGUAUGAACGCCCCUAAUGGUGGAAUGAGUCCCACAUCUAACCCCACAAAGCUCACUGUAAAAAGGGAAUACACAGAACACGACACGAGAGUGAUGGCCAAAGAGAGGCAGAAAAAAGACAACCAUAAUUUGAUUGAAAGAAGAAGAAGAUAUAACAUCAACUACAGGAUUAAAGAGCUGGGGACACUCAUACCAAAGUCGAAUGACCCUGACAUGCGCUGGAACAAAGGCACUAUCCUGAAGGCCUCGGUGGAGUACAUAAGGUGGCUGCAGAAGGAGCAGCAGCACGCACGAGAGCUGGAAAGCCGUCAGAAGAAGCUGGAGCAAGCGAACAGGAGACUGAUGCUGAGGAUCCAGGAGCUUGAGAUCCAGGCACGAGCACAUGGCCUCCCAAACAUGGCUACAGCUUUGGGGACAGUUGAACUAUCCUCCCAUCUCCUCAAACAACAACAACAGCAGCAACAACAACAGCAGCAGCAGCAGCAGCAGCAGCAGCAGUCAUCUCCUCAGACCCAGCAACCCCAGCAGCCACCCCUCUAUCAGGAGGACGCCAACAGCGACUACCUCCAGAGGAUAGUGGUGGCUGGCGUGCCAUCCAUCCCCGCUGCUAGCGGCCCGCAGGAUCACAUCCCCGGCGCCGACGGCUGCACCACGUUCUCCGACCCGCUGUCCCACUUCACAGACUUCUUCAGCGCCACGCUCAAGGAGGAGCAUCGGCUGGACGAGAUCCUGAUGGAUGACCCGCUCUCGCCCUUUGGCGCCGACCCGCUUCUCUCGGCAACCUCGCCCGGAGCCGCAUCCAAGGACAGCAGCCGCAGAAGCAGCUUCAGCUCUGGUGAUGACCUAUAAGGGUGCCCUCUCCAGAUACACACUCUUAUAUCCUCAUGACAACACGGUUGUCACCCCCAUUUGAUAAAGGGCAUAAAGAGAGCCUUUAAAUGACUGACUGAAUGGCUCUGGGCAUACAACAAUGACCACUCACAGGGUUGUAAGUGAAUGACAGCUAACACACCUGACACUGCCCCUAAAAGUGCCUGUAUAUAACUGUAUAUAAAUUGUAGUUCUUGUUCUUGUUGCAUUCUCCAAAGCUCAGCGGGAUCAGGAACAGCUCAUGGACCUCGUGCUCCUCCACCUGCUCUUUUUAAAUGUACUAUAGACAAUCGAUGUGUUUCUCUGCCUCCCGGACAGAGCAGAAACAGACUCACAAGAAAAAAGGGAGACAUUUAUCAGCCUUCAAGUACAAAAUGUAAAUAACUGUCUACUGUUUUUUUGGUAAACACUGUGGUAGCUACACACUGUAACAUAUGCAAAAUAAUCACUGAAAACCUUUUUUUUUUUUAAAUGAAAAAAACUACUGCUUCACAAAAGGAUUUUUAAUAGUUGCAGUCAGCAUUAUGAUUGUAUCGUGUGCCUUAUUCAAACUCCCAGUUUUGUCUUAAACAUGUAACUGAUGUACUCACCGCAAUGCCUAACAUGUCUUUGGUCUUGUCUGUCUUUUAUGUGUUUUUGUUAAAGAAGUGUUUGUAUAUUUAUAUAUGUUUUAAUCCAUGUAUUCAUAUAAAAGAUAUAUAUUAUUAUCUAA